AUGCCAGUGGGAGGCUCCCGUUCGGGUCGUCUCGCUCGAAUCAGUCAAAGCAACAUUCGGCCAUAUGGUGGCUCAAAUGGCGGAGUUGGAAAUAGCUACGGACCAGGUGGCCAUCCGAUGGUCGGCGCUGAGCCGGGCAGUCCGACGAAGAAAGAGUCGAAACAUCGAUUUGAAAUCACCAAGAAGCUCGGAUCGGGCACAUAUGGUAAAGUAUCGCUGGCAUAUGAUCAUAAAUUUGAUCGAGAGGUGGCUGUUAAAUUGAUCAAGAAAAGCGCCAUCGAGAAUAAAGCGGAUUUGGUUCGAAUUCGGCGCGAAAUUCGAAUUAUGAGCGCAUUGAACCAUCCAAAUAUCAUUCAGAUUUAUGAAGUGUUUGAAAACAAGGACAAAAUCAUUUUGGUAAUGGAAUAUUCGAGUGGAGGCGAACUUUACGACUAUGUUUCGAGAUGCGGUUCUCUUCCAGAAUGCGAGGCUCGCCGAAUUUUUCGUCAAAUAACUUCUGCUGUACUAUACUGCCAUAAGCACAAAGUUGCUCAUCGCGAUUUAAAAUUGGAAAAUAUUCUUCUCGAUCAAAAUAACAAUGCGAAAAUCGCCGAUUUCGGAUUGUCCAAUUAUUUUUCCGAUAAGAAUCUCCUGACAACAUUUUGUGGAAGUCCUUUAUACGCUUCACCCGAAAUCAUCAACGGAACUCCCUACAAGGGUCCUGAAGUUGAUUGUUGGUCCCUUGGAAUCCUGUUGUACACAUUGGUAUAUGGUAGUAUGCCAUUUGACGGAAGAGAUUUCAAUAGAAUGGUGCGGCAGAUCAAACGAGGGGCUUAUUAUGAGCCGGAGACCCCUUCAACGGCUUCGAUGUUGAUUCGAAAUAUGCUUCGUGUGAAUCCGGAAAGACGUGCCACAAUUUUCGAUAUCGCCUCGCAUUGGUGGCUGAAUCUCGAGGAGAACAUGCCCGUCAUUCAGGAGCUUCCCGAGAAUCAAAUCAUCGAUCACACGCCGCUCACCGAACGCAAAGAGACGAUGAUUGUGCAGGAUCUCGCCGACGAGCAAGACGUCUUCAUGGAAUUCGGCCAUUUGUCGGCGGAGACGCGUCGCAAAAUCGAGGAGUUCCGACGACGUCGCAAAGAAGCCGAGGAGUUCAACGACAACUCGCCGGUGAAGCCGCCGAAAUCGCGCAAAACCGACGAGGCCAAAGAGCAGCCCGAAAUGCGAGCCGCCGACAAAUCGCUGCGAGCCGUCAAAGACGAAAAGCCGCCAAAAGUGGACGCCAAUGAUCCGCUCGAACGCCUCCGCCAAAUCGAGAAUCGAUUGGGACAAAGCAAAAGAGAAAGAGAGGAAGAGCACAAGAAGGAGGAAGCUGCGAUAGCUGCAAAAGAAGCUGAGAAAAAGAAGCAGAAGUCGCCGGAGCAACCCGAGGAUCCGAAAACCGCUCGCGAAUCGGCGAAACCAUCGGAUUCAAGAGCGCCGUCAUUUGUGCCGGUUAAAGAGCGAACUCCGGAGCCAACCGAAGCGCAGAGGGCUCGAAAUCGCGCCCAACUCACGGCUAGUGCUUAUCGCAUUGAGACGGAUUCGCUGAAUAUGCUCAUGAAUCUAGUAUUGGAGCAAAUGGAGAAGGGACCAGUCAAUUUGAAUAUCAUCGCGAGGAUAAAAGCGCAUCCGUUGUAUGAUACGAGACCAAUGGUCAAGGAAUUGCUUGAAAGCAUAAUUGCGGCCCAGCCGGAGCCCGUGAAGAAGCAAGCGAGCAAGGUUAUCGAACAACAGAGUCAGACAUUCUCACGUCAGAAUACGCUGACGCGAAAGAAGAAGCCCGACGAGGAAGUGCCGGCGGUGCCGUCGCCGCCGAAAUCGGAACGGAAAAUGAAAGAGAGGCCGUGGCAUUCGGUUGAGGUUGGAUUCGAUCCGGAUGAUGAUGAGAAUGAGAAUGAGAAUGUCAUGCAACAAUCGGUGGCGAGUAAUGCCACGGAGGUUACUGUGCAGGAUACAUCGUUUGAGGAUGACAGUGACGCCGAGCAGAUUCAUCAGAAGACGCCGAUUCCCGAGACGCCGAAAACGCCGAAAUUGAUUGUUGAGAAGGAAUCAACGAAUGAUGAGGAGGAAUCGGACGAGGAUGGCGAUGAAUACACGGAUAGCGAAAUGGAGGAAUUGGCGGAUGAGGUUGAGAAGAAGGCGCCGGAAGAGCCGCCGACGCCGUCGAAGCCGGCGUCGGAGAAUCUCGAAACGAAUCCGCCGCCCGAUCCGGCCUCGUCUCCACAAUUCCUUGAUGCGUUCGAUAGAGGGCUUAUUAAACGGCAAAGUAAAGGAAAAUAUCAGCACAUUCUUAUCAACAAUUAUGGGCGUGGUGUGUCGACGGAAUGCGAAUCGCCGGUCGAAUCCAAAAAAUUCUUCGGAGGACCCCAACCGACCGCCGAACAAUCGCCAUUUCUUUUCGACAAAGCCAAAGAAAUGCUUCAAAUGUACCCGAAGAAGCUCGACACUCGCCAAAUUGAUAUGGAACUUCGCCGCAAACUUCGAAUGGAGAAGGUGAAAGCCGAUCUUCUGAAGCAGCCGAAGGAAGGCGAGAAGCCGCGAAACUCGUACGUCGGAAGCGUUCCUCCACGAAGUCCACCACCGGUGAUUGUUAAAUCGGAUGGCGAAGAGCUUGACGAUGAGGAGGAGGAGGAUGACGAAGAUGAGGAAGAGUGCGAAUCAUCGGAGGAGGGUUCCGACUUCGAGACGUUCAAACCGAAGCCGCGCGGUGGAGUUGUGAUUGCUUCGGUGAAAAGGGAUGAUGGAGCGAUUUUGCCGAUUCCUGCCAACAUGAUGGCUCCGUCAGCCAAAGGAAAAGAGUAUCAAGUGAAACAGACGAGUACCGUUAUCCAAAACACGCCAGAGAAAGUCGCUCCGGUUGCUGAAACAUCGGCGAAAUAUUUGGUGACAGUCGCCGAGCUGAAAAUCAAGCCGCCGCAAAGUGAGGAGCAACUCAAAGAUCAGCUCAAAUCGGAGCCGAUGCAUUCGGAGGAACCCAACUCUCAAACCAACUUGUUGUUCCGUCCAUCGGCCUAUAUGGCUUCGGACCUUUACAAGCGGAUCAAUGCAAAAGAAUCCGAGGGUAAAGAGACGUGGGAAACGGCGGCGGCUUACAUUCGGCGAAAGAAUCGCGAGCGACGCAUCCGGAAUCGAACGAUCGGAACCGCCGAGGAAGCGUAUAGAGCAUUGGAGCGACCAUCAAUUGAGCGGGUUGAAGAUCGCGCGUUUUCGCCGGCUUCUUCUGAUCCAUUCUACUCCCAUCAUUCAACGAACACUAGCGGACCAUCAUCGGUACUCGGCUACGUUCGCCCAAGAUACCACGACGACAGCUACCGUACGCCGCGAGACGACUAUCGUCCACUGUCGCCAACUUCGAGAUAUUCGGCAGCCGUCUCCCGCGAUGAACGAAAAUCGCAAUCGCAUGAUCAAUAUGAGUCGACGAGACCCUCGUAUGAUCGAAGCUAUAUAACGUCUUCGAAUGCCAGUCCGAGUUACGCUAGGAAAUUUGAAGAGCCGUCUUCUGCUCUCAACUCUUGGGCGCAUGAUAGGAAAUUCGAGGUGUACAAAACUCGCGCCGAACGCGACGCCGAGCGCAACACAUAUCAUCCUUCAUCCAACACUACGAGCUCAUACCGUCCGUCAACAUAUUAUUCAACGGCUAGUGACCGACCCGUUACUGGUUUGAGAAGGCCCGACGACUCGAAUUACUACGGUGCAAGUCGUUACGAUGGUAGAUCAACAACGCCGAGUAAUGAUCAUUAUUCUAUUACAACCGCGUUGGCUGAUAAUCAAGCAUCAAGCAUUAAUAAUAGAUUCCGCCCAACUGCUCGCCGAGUCGCCAGCGCAAUGACGGAGGCCGACAAGCGUGCUUACCAUCGUAGUCGAUCGAUGGAUCGCAACAAGGUUGACUAUGACUAUCAAUCGGGACUCACCAAUCGUCUCACCACACCGGAAGUUGGUGGCAACGAUUAUUCGUAUGUGAAUUAUCAUGACUCAUCAUCGGGCCGAACCAACGCCAAUUUCGACAAAGAUGGCCGUCCGAGGAGUAUUCUGAAGAAUAAGCAGAGCGCCGAGACGGAACCACGCGGCUCGACAGCCGGCGAAUCGUCGUCAUAUGAGCCGAGCGGAGUGAGAUCGGUAUUCGAGCGCCUUCGACGCCAUUUGUCAUUGGAGAAGAGCGUCUCACCGCAAAGACAGGUGGCUUCUGUUGGACCGCAUGGUCGAGGAAUUGCGGAUUCUCAAGCUUCUGCUAUUGACUCGAGUCAAAAGAAGAAGCGUUCGCUGCUUUCUUUCAAUCGCCGAAAAACCAGCGAGGUUCGUAUGGGAGCUGAUGGCAAAUUGAUAACCAAUGGCUAUGAGGAAAGCAGAGAUUUUAAGCGUCCAAGUUCGCCUAUUGAUCGAAUCAAAUCGUUGUUCCGAAAAAACGACACCCCAUCGCAUUCCGAUUAUUAUGGCGCAGGAUCUUCAAGAUAUACAUCCUCAAAUCCAACAAGUUCAUCACGGGAGCCGUAUGUUGCACAAUAUAGGAAGUACCCAGGCUCGUCUUCUCGAGACCCGACGACAACGCUGAAUCGCUAUAGCUACACUCCUGGAUUAAGCGAACAGCGACGUCAUUGGUACGACGAUCCAAAUAUUUAUUAA